AUGUCUGAAUCUGCAUCAAUUGCAAGCCAUCUUGCCUUUUCUUUAAAAAUACCUCCUACUGUGACUAAAUGGCGUAAAGAUAAAUCAGUUCCAUUGAUAGAUGUUGUUCAAAGCUUUGAUAUUUAUGAAACAGUCAAUGGUGGUAAUGUGGGUAUUGCUGGCAGACCUUCGAAACAAAGACUAGAGAAUGCUUUUGGUACAUCAAAUUAUACAGAAGUUAUCACUCAUAUACUUCAGCAUGGAGUUGUUCAGCAUAGUCAUAAAGGUCAUGCUUCCAAAGAUCAUCGAACCAUGAUUAACGAAACUCGUGGUAAAGGAGCUUCCACAGCUCAAAAUGCGUCAGGGAUUCAUAAUUAA